AAAAAAAUAUAUAUGUAUAUAAUAGUAGUAGUUAGUAAUAAACAUUAUUCUUAUUCGUAUUCGAAUUGAUAUUCAUAUUAUUAUGCAACACGUGAAUAUGUGUAUUUUAAUAAUCACAUUAUUGAAUUCGGAUAAAUGAGUCCUUAUAGUAGUAGAGACAUUGCGCUCUUUUUUAUAGCCUUUUUCUUUCCACCUGCUUCUGUUGCUAUCAAGACGGGCUGUAGUGUUGAUUUAUUAAUAAAUAUUUGUCUUUGUGCAUUAGGAGCUAUCCCAGGUAUAAUUCAUGGCUUUUAUAUUGUUCACAAAUAUAAUGAUAAUGUUGAAGAUAUUGAAUCAGGUGGACUUCGCUAUGAAAGAGUUGCAGCUGAAGACCCCUCUAGAAUUGUAUAUGGUGCAACUAAUCCUAAUUAAUACGUUUUAAUGGACAACAAGUUAUAAAAUUCAAUGAAUGCAAAUAAAUUACUGUAUUAUUUUUGUUUUGUUAUAUAUAUAUAUAUAUAUAAUGAAAGCAGUGAAGGAAAAGGAGAGAGAGAAAGAAAGAAAAUGAUGUAAUUGAUUUUUCUAUUAAUCAAAUGUACACAUUAUUAUAGAUAAAUGUAAUAGUAAUCAUCAUCAC